CCUAGCAGGAACAGAUGGGACACAGCACGCCGCUCUGAGAGAACCCGGUCCCUCGGACUCCUGCAACCUGGCGUGCAUGGCGGCGUGAGGCCCGAGACCGAGGUUCCACCCGGGGCCUUUCCAGACCCAGACACAACGGCUGCGGAAGACCGCCGCCAAGCCUGCGGGGGAACCCCUAGCGUACCGCGCCAGCCGCUUGGUCGCCAUGCCCGCCACUCUGUCCUCUGAGUCCAACCGCCGGAAGUCGGCUGCCCUCACUUCCGGUCCGUUUAAACGCCGGCGCGGCUGAUCUGUGAGGCGCGCCUGGGGCGGUUCCGGACCGGGAGGGCGUGGACCGAGGCUGGAGGAGGGCGAGCAGCUUCGCUCCGCCCCCGGCGUGCUUCAGCGAUCCGCCCGAGAGAAGCGGCGGCACGGUUUCCUGGACCCUGCGGGGGCCUCAGCUCCAGCUCAUCCUUCCCUGCAGCCUGAUGGAGCUAGAGACCCAGACCAUCGCCAGGAGGAGGAAGGAGGGCCCGACCUCGGCCCUGGCGACAGAGCUGGGUAGGCCUCCGUGGGAUCUUGAGGACACGCUGUCUAAAGCCAAGAAAACUCGAUUAUCUACUAUUUUAUUUGCUGAAAAUUAUGAAGUAACCCAUAGACAGCUGUGUGAGUUGCUGAAGUAUGCAGUUCUGGGUAAAUCCACUGUUCCUAACCCCAGCUGGUGCCAGCUUUUACACCAAAACAACGUGUUUGUGGUUUUUAUUCUGAAGGGAAUGAGUCAGUUACACUUCUACAUGUUCUAUUUGGAAUUCAGAUUUCUCCGAAAGACAUUCAGACAUAAACUCAGCUUGCCUCCUCCAACAUCUAAUUGUCUAUUUGAUAUCAUUGGGCUACAAAAGAAGAAAUCAGCUAGAGGUUUCCUAGGACUAUUGGAGGGACCUUUAGUUUCUGCCAUUUUAAAAUCCAGCAUCAACCUGCAGAAUGACCACGUCAUUCAAAAGUAUGGCUGUGAGAAAGUGGGCUUGACUAGAUGCCUUCUGACACAAGAGGAAAUGAAAACAUUUCACUUUCCACUACAAGGUUCUCCUGACUGUGAAAACUUUAUCCUUACCAAGUGUAAUGGUUCCAUAACAGAUAGUAGUCCCCUCUUUGGACUUGACUCUGAAAUGUGCCUUACAUCCAAGGGGGGAGAACUAACACGCAUCUCACUGGUUGCUGAAGGAGGCCAUUGUAUUAUGGAUGAACUGGUUAAACCUGACUUCAAGAUUCUGGACUGCCUUACUAGUUUUUCAGAAAUCACAAAGAAGAUUCUUAACCCAGUGACAACCAAAUUCAAAGAUGUACAGAAGCUGUUAAGAGAACUGCGUCCUCCUGAUGCUGUGUUAGUGGGCCAUUCCCUAGACUUGAAUCUCAGAGUAUUGAAAAUUGCAGAGCUCAAUCUGGAAGCACUAGCUAGUCAUAAAGAACUGAGAGCAGCCAGUCAAGCAUCGGGAAACCAGGAAGCAGCUACAAAGCACCCAAAUAUGAGUGUUUUAGACUGCCUGGACUCAAUGGGUCAGAAACUCCUUUUCUUGACUCGGGAUAUAGAUGAGCUUUCUUCUUCUAGAAACUGUCAAACUAUUAAGUGCUCUUCAAAUAAAGAGGUACUUGAGCAAGCCAGAGGGGAAGUCCCUUUGUUUCCCUUCAACAUUGUACAGUUCUCUUUUGAGCCCUUUUUCAUAUUUGCUGAGGAGUUGAAGAAAAGAACGAAGACCAAGUGGACAGAGAUGUCAGCUGUCUAUGUUGGGCCAUUUUUCAAAAAUUGUAACAUUGGGGCUGUGAAGAAGACGUUUAACAGCUUGGGCCCAGUCCAGUCAAUAACUCUUGUUCUUGACACUUCUAGGCUUUACUUCUGUAUACAGUAUGAAGUCCUGGAAGCUGCUCAGCUGGCUAUAGAAACCAUGAAUGGCAUUCUGGUAGAAGGUUCCUACAUCAGGGUGCACAGGCAUGUGACAGAAUUCACCCUUGAGUGUGACACCCUUGUGCAUGAGCUAGAGCAAGAUUCUGAGAACCAAGCUACUAUAUAUGUGGCUGGAUUAGGUAAAACUUUUAAAGAACACCUGUUAGAGCAGUCCAGCCUCUUUCCUGACCUGGAAGCUGUGAUCCUGCCUAAAGAUGUUAAAAGCAGAAAGCAAAAAACUACUGUUUCUUGAUUAAAGUUCAAAACUCGUGACAGUGCCCAGGUAGCCCUUGAAAUUCUCAAAGGCAAGGACUGGAAGUUGAAAGGCAGAUAUGCCCUAACCCCUAGGCACCUCCAGGCAUGGCUCAAGGACAUACAUCCUGAACCAGCAGCAAUGCCUUCAGGAUUUGGACUAGUUCCGCCUCUCUUGGAGAAGCAUGUCUUCCAGGAGGCUAAAUGUUGACACUGACUUUGCUCCUACCAUCGAAAGAUAGUAGCCUGGCACUGUGACCAGAGGAUUGAAAAGCUCUACCACAGCCUGAGCCCAGGUACCCUCUGCCUCAUCCUGCUGCCAGAAACCAAGAACACGUUUGGAUCACACCCUGGCUUAGGACUGAUGAAAAUAAAGGAAGAAGAAGAAAGUGACACCCCAGGCCUGGGAGUGUGAGUCUCCCCACACUUUUCCCAUAUAGAGAAUGUGACUAGGCUACAGCCCCUUCAAGAGGAUGGCAAGCUUUUCCAUCUAGCAGACAGCUAUGGUAAAAAGUUGGGAUACCAGCUGAAGUAUAUUGUCAUGUGCAAAAUUUCAAUAA